GUUCACUUUUGGCCCAAUCGCCGUUCGUGACCAGCGGGCGCCGCUUCUGCUUGCUUGCUUGCUUCUUCAUUCAUCUCGGGCGUCGCGUCGAGCAGUUUGCAGGAUGUCCUGCGAAGAGACCAGCUCCGACGCUGCGCCAUCAGUCUCACCAAACUGUCGACCGCUAGACGACACCAAAUUGACCUCUUUCCAACCUGCCGCCCCUGCGCUCGUACCGCUUUUCAGGUGCGAAUGUACCGUUGGAUCCGUGCACGUUGUCGGGCAGACGAGCGUAGGUAUGCGCAAAAUCAUACCGCUAGAGAGUGCAGUGUUGACGAGCAGCGAUGCGACAUCCCCAUUUCACGGCGCUCGCUUGCUGGAGGGAGGAGCGGCGGACUAUUUGCGCACGGACGCAGAAGGUACAGCUUGGCUGGACGCCCGCUACGCCUUUCUCCUCCGUUCAGGCCGCACGCUCUACGUUCAAUCUUCCGGCACUCGCUACGGUCAUUCGGCAGAAGCUGGGCAAAAGCUGCUGGAGGGCAAGGAAGAGGUGGAGGUGGGAGAGUAUUGCUUCAGACUGAGACUGAUCUUGGAGUGCGAGGAUGAGCAUGAGGAGAUCAGAAAGGCUUGCAAGAGCCUCGUCAUCGCUUCGGCUGUGAGAGGUACAAGGAGCGUGGUGUACGACGCUUACCUCGUCCAAUGAGAAGCAGACGAGAGCGCACGAAGUCGCGCACUAUAGCACGUCCACUACGGUGACUGGCGUGUUUCGUGCCCAAACGCUAUUCACGAUCGCGGAUGGUAUGUUGGAGGGUACUCGGUGAAACUCGCUCGACAAUGCGUUUGAAUGAAUCAUUGACUCUCGCAAGCAAGAGUCACAAUUCGUUGGCAGGAGAAAUCCUUCUGACAUUGGGCUGCGCCAGCAACCACAGACCGGAGCUGGAGCGAGCAGCAUCUCCGCAGACAUGCUGUCGAUGGAUCAGGCCUCCGAUGCCGUCUUUACGCCCUCUCCCCAAUCCAGCUUCUUGACAAAGUCUGGCGCGCUAUUUUGAAAGAUGACUUGAUCAGGCUUCCUGUCCUUGCCAAUGUACGCCUGCGCAUCGUCCAAGGAAGACACUUUGAAGAAGCCGAUGGGAGAACCCUU